AUGAAUGGAAUUCAUGUCAACGAAUUGGACAUCGAGGGCAACUACAUCAGCGUGCCGCAGAUGGCGGUGUCGUCGCAGGCGUUCUCGGCGCAGCCGGGUGCUAGCACGUUCGUGAGCAUGCCGAUGACGACCACCGCAUGGCGGCCGCCAAGCCCUGGCGCCGGCCCCGCGGCCAGCGGCGGCGGCGCGCGGCGGCGCUUGCACCCGGGCGCCUUGCGCCGUCUCCACCGCCACAACUUCGCCACCAACUUCUACAUCCAGACCGGCGCGUCGCCCCCACCCGCACUCGCACACGCCGGGCCCCGUCCCACGCCCACGCCGGCGCCCACCCCACCCCGGCGCCCACGCCCACGCCGCGAGCAGUCCGGCCCCGGCCCGGCGCCCCUCGGCCCCGGCGCCGCGCCCGGCCCGCCCCCGCAGCAGGCCCAGCAAGCAAGCAGAGCAGCAGGGCGUGCGGCCUGGCCAAGCUGCAAGCAGCUCACCAACGGCCUGGAGAUCCUGCCGCCGGCGCCCAUGCAAACACACAUGACGCCGCCGCCGGCCGUGAACCUGGACGCCGCCGCCGCUGCACACCCGCACGAGCACGAUCCCGAACGCCGCCGCCGCGCCCCCGCGGCGCCCGCACCCAGAUUGCUGGACGGCACAGCAGCAGGCGGCGGCGGCGGCGGCCGCGGCCACGCGCACGCUCUCCACGCCGCCCGCCCUCCCCGCCAACCUGCAGACGCAGAUGACGCAGAUGACGCUCGCCAACUACCACAAACCAACAUGAACGUGAACAACCUGGCCACCACGGUGGCGCCGCCGCCGCCCGCCUCCAUCGCCACGCCCAGUCGCACGGCGUCGCGCGCCUCGGCCAACAGCGGGCCCACCCCCGUCGGCGUCACGAUGCAGGCAGCGGCGGCAGCAUCAUCAAGAGUUUCACCCAAUGUCACCAUCAACCCAAAUUUGGUUGCUGCUGCUCAGUAUGGUACCGCUUUAAAUGGUUACCGAAUGGCAGCUCAGCAGACUGCAACAGGAACUGUUACAGGCUAUAUUACAAAUACUGCUGCUGGGUUCAUCAACCAAGCGCAAAUACCAAUGCAAAUGGGUGUGAUGAAUAUGGCAGCGCAAACACAAUAUCAAGAUCCAGCUGCUUUGCAAAGAGCACAGCAGAAUACAAUGUAUACAACUUACGGCUACAUCAAUGGCAGCCUAAUGCAACCUUUGAACAGUACUAUGCGCAGAUAGUCAUCAGCCCCUGGACAUGGCUCAGAGCCUUGUCCACGGCCAUAAGCGAAGGCCACAAGAAACCUUUCAGUAUUUUUCUCAAGAAGUGUUUAGAACGCUCUGGAAGUUAAACCUUGACAGAGGUCAUCUCAUAGUUUUUGUAUGAUAUGAAUUUGAACAUUUAAUGGAGAUUCAUGCCCUCACUAUGAAGAUGGUUUUGAAAUAAUUGUCUUUCGGAUUUUCAAAGAAGAUGAAAUAUUUUAAUGAAAAUCAGGAAAGUGCAAAAACAUUUGACAAAUUCCAUGCAAGCUUUGCACAAUUGUUAUGGAAGGCAAGAAUGUGUGAUAGAAGGACUUCACUGAUUGGCAGCGAAAUAAAUGUAAUAUUAUAGCUCUAAUCAAUUGAACUUGUAAAAUGUAAAGACUUUAGGUUAGAAGUGACCCUAGUCGAAUUGACAAUUUUUGGCAGUACUUAGUGACAUCUAUAUAAGUGGGUUUUCAUACCCUAGGAGUGCGUUUGUACCAAAUACUAAAGUGUGAAGUGAAAACGGAGGCCUUUGCAUAGAGGCCAGACAUCACAUUGCUACUUAAGAGUUGUGAUAUAAAUACAAAUGUGAAGUGAGUGUUUGUAUGGAUGUAUAUAUAAGGCAAGUAAAUGUUUUUGUUUGAUGAAAGUAAAUGUAUGUUGUGUCCACUGCGAAAACUGUUGUUUCACCCCAUGCAAGUUUGUGUUGUAACUUUUAUUGCCACUUAUAUCAUCAUUGAACGUAUGUGUACAUUGGGAGUAAAUAUGCUCUCUAGAAAUGUUUUCCUCUUUUUUACAUUUUUAAUUGCUGUUUUCAUCUACUUGUCUUUAAAAACUUUGCAACAUCCUUGCAGUGAGAGUUUUAUGUUAGAAGUGGGUUAGAAAAUACUGGUUUGCACUUUACGAGACCAGCUUUGUAUAGUAUUAACGGAACAAAACAGUCUAUUGACACCUGAUGUCUGUUGUAAAAUACACAUUUCUUCAUUUUUUCCACUUUCUUCUUUGUGCUCUAUAUUGUGGGUCUUUUGCAUAUGUUGAUCAAAGGCGUCUGUUCUCUGAAAUUUUUGAGUUUAUUAAUAUACUGUUACAAAUUAAAUAUAGCUCUGUAACUUGCAGCAAGUGUCAAGUCUGAUAAUUUAGAGCAUGCUUGUGGACCUCAUAUUUUCUUUUAGUUGUAGUAAUGUACUGUGUGUCAUCUGGAUCAUAGCAAUGUUAAUGCUAGUACACUAGAUUUUCACACUUUUUGUAAUUUUAACUGAUUCAAGACUGUUCUAUUGAAGUAGGACAUGUAUAUGUUGAAGACUGUGAUUAGGUAGAUGAGAAAGGCCACAUUCUAUUGUACAUUUUGUGCAAAGGUGUGUGUGUGUGCUGAUGCAUGUGUGCUGAUGCGAGAAUGAAGGGCAUUGUCGAAGAAAUACUGUUUGGAGCGCAAAUAUUUCCCCAUGGUACAAAUUUUCCCGUUUAAGGGAUGUUUUUAUAUAUGUAAAAAUUGAAAAAAGAACUUAUAUUACUUUGUUUUAUAGUGCAUAUUGAAAAUGGUGUGGAUAGAUGACUAGCAGGGGAUUGUAGUAUGUUGGCAACUGCACUGUUAAGUAGAUUUGAUUGUGAAGAUUUUUGCAGUUGGAGCAGUCAAAAGCUUUAAAAAAAAACAUACAAGGGAAAUGAUUCAGAAGUGUUGAAUGUUUUGUUGUUGGCUUCUGUUGAGAUUUAUUGACUGAAUGUUGAUUUUAAACAAGAUCUGGUUCUUCUCUUUAGUAUUAUCUUUCUUCUAAACUGUAAAGAGCUCAAUGCUACUUGUAGAGCAAAGCCCACUGGUACAGACCACAGAUUAUUAUAUAGCUUUGUUGUGCUAUCUCUGGAUAUAUUUAUAAUGGGUACAAGUGAUAUUAGUGUAUACAAAAAGUAUUCAAGCUGUAAGCUGUAUUUACUUAAGUUUUUGUCUCUAAAAUACUGUACAUUUUUCUUAUAAUAAUUAUUUUUAUGAACAUAAGGAGAGAAACACUAAGAGACAAAAAUUAAGCUAACAUUUCUUUUUCAUGUACAGACUGUAAGUGGUUGCAACAGAAGUGUUGUAGACAGCUGCAAGAAUGUUUAGUUCUGCUUUUAGAAGCACACGAGUCUGAUCUGUUUACUUUGUAGAUUUACCCAUGUCUUUAGUGAGGCUGUAUAUAUGACGCUAACUAUAAAGCUGUUAAUACACUCAUAAUGUAAAGUACAAGAAAUUGUUUUUUAUUAUUUUUUUAUUUCUACCCUGUUAUUUGCAGUAAUAGAAGAGGACUUAAUUAAAUGAUUCAGAUAAUCAAUAUAGUCUAUAUUGUAUUCAGGUGAAAACUUUCCACAAUUUUUGGUGAAGACCCUUUUCAACACAUGACCUUAGUCAAUUUUUCAAUGUUAUGUGGAGGAGAUUAUUGAAAUCCAAAUUAACUCUUUCUUUUCUUUUUUGAUAGACGAAAAACCCAUUGUUUCUUAACUUGUAACUCAUUGGCUGAUUCAGACAAUACAUGCAACUAGGUGUGUUCCAUUACCUUUUGAAAAAAAGAAAUGAGUUAAAACCUUUGGCAGGUUUCUUCAAAACCUUAGGUUAGAAAUCUUAAGAUGGAUUGUAUCUUUUUGUGGUUGAUAUUAAUUCGUUUUUUUCAUAUUCAUAAAUCUUAACACAACUUUUGAACCUAAAAUGGGUGGAUUUGGAGAAUAGGGGACUGGUACUUUUAGAAAAGUAAUUAAUGAAGCUAUUGCACUUCCAGAUGGAAAUUAUUAGACUUAUCAUUCUAUUGGUGGAAAUCAAAGAAUUAUUAUUAAGU